UCGGGCGGAGAGGCAGCAGGGGAUGGAGAGGGAGUGACCCGGGGUCCGGCAGGGGAUUCGGCCGGUUCGUUAAUUGGGCAGACUAAACUUCUUAAAGGUUUUGUCCGGUUAGCAGUCACCAUGGUUGCCCUGUCGCUGAAAAUCUGCAUCCGGCAAUGCAAUGUGGUGAAGACUAUGCAGUUUGAACCAUCAACUGCAGUCUAUGAUGCCUGCCGAAUCAUACGAGAGAGGGUCCUUGAGGCUCAGACAGGUCAAGCACUAGACUUCGGCCUGUUCUUAUCAGAUGAAGACCCGAGGAAAGGAAUCUGGCUGGAGGCUGGCAGGACCCUGGAUUACUAUAUGCUGAGGAAUGGGGACAUUCUGGAAUAUAAGAAGAAACAACGGCCACAAAAAAUUAGAAUGCUGGAUGGAGCAGCAAAAAUGAUUAUGGUGGAUGACUCAAAGACUGUAGGGGAACUUCUCGUGACAAUAUGCAGCAGGAUAGGAAUUACAAACUAUGAGGAAUACUCUCUAAUUCGUGAGACUGAGGAGAAGAAAGAAGAACCAACUGGAACUCUAAAGAAGGACAGAACUCUCCUCAGAGAUGAGAAGAAGAUGGAGAAACUGAAAGCUAAGCUCCAUACAGAAGAUGAGUUAAAUUGGCUGGAUCAUAGUCGCACAUUUCGGGAGCAGGGAGUUGAUGAAAACGAAACAUUACUUCUCCGCAGGAAGUUCUUCUAUUCAGAUCAGAAUGUAGAUUCCAGGGAUCCAGUGCAACUGAACCUACUUUACGUUCAGGCCCGUGAUGACAUUCUGAAUGGUUCUCACCCUGUAUCGUUUGACAAGGCCUGCGAAUUUGGGGGAAUCCAAACACAGAUUCAAUUUGGACCUCACAUAGAAGCCAAACAUAAACUUGGAUUUUUAGACCUGAAAGAGUUUCUUCCUAAGGAGUACAUCAAACAAAGAGGAGCAGAAAAGAAAAUAUUCCAGGAACAUAAGAAUUGUGGAGAAAUGACUGAAAUUGAGGCUAAAGUGAAGUAUGUAAAGCUGGCUCGAUCUUUACGGACAUAUGGAGUGUCUUUCUUUCUAGUGAAGGAGAAAAUGAAGAGUAAGAAUAAGCUUGUGCCACGACUUCUUGGAAUCACCAAAGAUUCAGUAAUGAGAGUUGAUGAGAAAACCAAGGAUGUGCUUCAAGAAUGGCCACUAACAACUGUUAAACGCUGGGCCGCCUCUCCAAAAAGCUUCACUUUGGACUUUGGAGAGUAUCAGGAGAGCUAUUAUUCUGUGCAGACCACUGAAGGGGAACAGAUAUCACAGCUCAUCGCAGGGUACAUUGACAUCAUCCUCAAGAAGAAACAAAGUAAGGACCGAUUUGGACUAGAAGGAGAUGAAGAGUCUACAAUGUUAGAAGAAUCUGUUUCGCCAAAAAAAUCAACAAUUCUUCAGCAGCAACAAGUUACCCGUCCAGGAAAGCUUGAACAUGGCACAGUUGCACUACCUGCUAUUAUACGCUCAGGAUCUAGUGGCCCAGAGACUUUCAAUGUCGGCACUAUGCCAUCUGCCCAGCAACAACUUACCACAGGCCAGAUGCACAGAGGUCACAUGCCACCCCUGACUUCAGCUCAGCAGGCUCUGAUGGGAACCAUUAACACCAGCAUGCAUGCAGUUCAACAAGCACAUGAUGAUCUGAGCCAGGUGGACAAUCUGCCACCGCUGGGACAUGACAUGGCAUCCAGGGUCUGGAUUCAAAACAAAGUAGACGAGUCGAAACAUGAGAUUCACUCCCAGGUGGAUGCCAUUACUGCGGGAACAGCAUCAGUCGUGAACCUGACUGCAGGGGAUCCAGCUGAGACUGAUUAUACAGCAGUGGGCUGUGCAAUCACCACAAUUUCUUCUAAUUUGACGGAGAUGUCCAAGGGCGUAAAGUUGUUGGCUGCUCUAAUGGAGGAUGAGGUCGGAAGUGGGGAAAAGUUACUCGGGGCGGCAAGGACACUGGCUGGGGCUGUUUCAGAUCUGCUUACUGCUGUGCAACCAUCUUCAGGAGAGCCCCGUCAGACUGUUCUUACUGCAGCUGGCAGUAUUGGACAAGCCAGUGGAGACCUAUUGCGACAGAUUGGAGAAAAUGAAGCAGACGAGAGGUUCCAGGAUGUGUUAAUGAGCCUGGCAAAAGCCGUAGCAAAUGCAGCUGCCAUGCUAGUCUUGAAGGCCAAGAAUGUAGCGCAGGUGACUGAAGACACAGGAUUGCAGAACAGAGUGAUUGCUGCUGCUACACAGUGUGCCCUCUCUACAUCCCAGCUGGUGGCCUGUGCGAAGGUAGUUAGCCCAACUAUUAGUUCACCUGUGUGUCAGGAGCAGCUGAUUGAGGCUGGAAAAUUGGUGGAUCGAUCGGUAGAUAACUGUUUACACGCGUGUCAGUCAGCCACUGAAGAUGUUGAGCUGCUGAAGCAAGUCGGUGCAGCUGCUAGUGUGGUCAGCCAAGCACUUAAUGACCUUCUGCAACAUGUCCGCCAGUUUGCUAGCCGCGGGGAACCCAUUGGACGUUAUGACCAGGCUACAGAUACAAUAAUGUCAGUCACAGAGAGUAUCUUCAGCUCUAUGGGUGAUGCAGGAGAAAUGGUGCGGCAAGCCCGAGUGUUGGCCCAGGCUACAUCAGAUCUUGUGAAUGCAAUGAGAUCAGAUGCAGAGGCUGAGCUUGAUAUGGAUAAUUCCAAGAAACUACUCGCAGCUGCCAAGCUGCUGGCCGACUCCACAGCUCGUAUGGUGGAAGCUGCAAAGGGAGCUGCAGCCAAUCCUGAAAAUGAAGAUCAGCAACAGCGGCUUAGAGAAGCAGCAGAGGGGCUUCGAGUGGCUACUAAUGCAGCAGCCCAGAAUGCCAUUAAGAAGAAGAUUGUAAACAGGCUAGAGGCUGCUGCUAAACAGGCUGCAGCUGCCGCUACCCAGACCAUAGCAGCCUCACAGAAUGCUUCUGUCUCCAACAAGAACGUAUCAGCCCAUCAACAACUUGUUCAAAGCUGCAAGAUUGUUGCUGACAACAUUCCUCAGCUGGUUCAAGGAAUACGGGGAAGCCAGGCACAGGCUGAAGAUCUCAGCGCCCAGCUAGCUCUCAUUGUGUCCAGCCAGAACUUUCUGCAGCCUGGCAGUAAAAUGGUGGCUUCUGCCAAAGCUGCAGUGCCCACAGUGACUGAUCAGGCAGCAGCCAUGCAGUUGGGUCAGUGUGCGAAAAAUCUGGCAACAAGCUUGGCUGAGCUACGUACAGCGGCUCAGAAGGCCCAUGAAGCUUGUGGACCUAUGGAAAUUGAUUCGGCCUUGAAUGCUGUUCAGACUCUAAAGAAUGAGCUGCAGGAUGCUAAGAUGGCUGCCACAGAUAGACAGUUGAAACCUCUUCCGGGCGAGACGUUGGAGAAGUGUGCCCAGGACCUUGGCAGCACCUCGAAGACUGUUGGUUCCUCCAUGGCUCAGUUAUUGACGUGUGCCGCUCAGGGGAAUGAACAUUACACAGGUGUUGCUGCAAGAGAGACUGCAUUGGCUUUAAAAACUUUGGCACAGGCAGCUAGAGGGGUCGCAGCUUCCACUAGUGAUCCACAAGCUGCCAGUGACAUGCUGGACUCAGCCAGAGAUGUGAUGGAUGGGUCAGCUAAGCUCAUCCAGGAAGCAAAGCAAGCUCUUGUGGCUCCAGGGGAUGCAGAGGUUCAACAAAGGCUGGCCCAGGUGGCCAAAGCUGUAUCUCACUCGCUGAAUAACUGUGUGAAUUGCCUUCCUGGGCAAAAGGAUGUGGACAUGGCCUUGAAGAGCAUUGGAGAGUCUAGUAAAAAGCUUUUGGUGGAUUCGCUUCCCCCAAGUACCAAGUCUUUCCAGGAGGCACAGAGUGAGCUAAAUCAGGCAGCGGAGGACCUUAACCAGGCUGCUGGAGAAGUGGUCCAUGCUUCCCGUGGCCAGAGUGGGGAGCUGGCAACUGCUUCUGGAAAAUUCAGUGAUGAUUUUGAUGAGUUCCUCGAUGCUGGUCUCGAAAUGGCUGGACAGACACAGAACAAGGAUGACCAGAUUCAAGUUAUAGGGAAUCUGAAGACCAUCUCAAUGGCAUCUAGCAAACUGCUUCUUGCUGCAAAGUCUCUUUCUGUGGAUUCUGGGGCUCCAAGUGCCAAAAACCUUCUGGCAGCAGCUGCGAGGGCCGUGACAGAGAGCAUAAACCAACUGAUCACUAUAUGCACCCAGCAGGCUCCAGGACAGAAGGAAUGUGACAAUGCUCUACGUGAGCUGGAGACAGUAAAGGGGAUGCUUGAAAACCCCAAUGAGCCAGUCAGUGACCUUUCAUACUUUGACUGCAUAGAGAGUGUAAUGGAGAACUCCAAGGUUCUUGGAGAAUCAAUGGCAGGAAUAUCUCAGAAUGCCAAAACAGGAGACUUGCCAUCAUUUGGGGAGUGUGUGAGUGUGGCAUCGAAGGCUUUGUGUGGUCUUACGGAAGCUGCUGCCCAGGCGGCCUACCUGGUGGGUAUUUCUGACCCCAAUAGCCAGGCUGGUCAGCAGGGACUUGUUGAUCCUAUUCAAUUUGCCAGAGCCAAUCAAGCCAUCCAAAUGGCAUGCCAGAACCUAGUGGAUCCAGCCAGCAGUCCAUCUCAGGUUCUGUCAGCUGCCACAAUAGUUGCCAAACACACAUCAGCGCUGUGCAAUGCCUGCCGCAUUGCAUCUUCCAAAACAGCCAAUCCAGUGGCUAAAAGGCACUUUGUCCAGUCAGCCAAAGAGGUGGCGAACAGUACUGCCAACUUAGUGAAAACUAUCAAGACCUUAGAUGGAGAUUUUUCGGAUGAGAAUCGUGAGAAAUGUAGCACAGCCACUGCCCCUCUCAUCUCAGCUGUGGAGAACCUGACGGCUUUUGCAUCCAACCCUGAAUUUGCCAGUAUUCCGGCUCAGAUCAGCUCAGAGGGGUCUAAUGCUCAGGAACCUAUUUUAGUAUCUGCUGUUACCAUGCUGGAAAGCUCCUCAUCGCUUAUAAAGACAGCACGCUCUUUAGCAAUCAAUCCUAAAGAUCCACCAACAUGGUCAAACCUGGCUGGUCACUCCCGUGUAGUGUCUGACUCAAUCAAGAGUUUGAUUACAUCCAUCAGGGACAAAGCACCGGGACAGAGAGAAUGUGACCAGUCUAUUGACAGUAUCAACAGAUGUAUUCGUGGGAUUGAACAGGCAUCUCUUGCUAGUGUCAGCCAGAACCUGGCUAUGAGAGAUGAUAUAUCUCUAGAGGCGCUCCAAGAACAACUAACAUCUGUGGUUCAAGAGAUUGGUCACCUUGUUGAUCCUAUCACCACAGCUGCACGAGGAGAAGCUGCUCAGCUCGGGCACAAGGUCAUUCAACUUGCUCGCUACUUUGAACCUCUGAUCCAAGCUGCUGUUGGUUUAGUUUCUAAAGUUCUUGACCAUCAACAGCAGAUGACUGUGCUGGAUCAAACCAAGACACUUGCAGAGUCAGCAUUACAGAUGCUCUACGCUGCUAAGGAAGGUGGAGGUAAUCCAAAGGCAUCGCACACGCAUGAUGCAAUUGCAGAGGCAGCCCAGCUAAUGAAAGAGGCAGUGGAUGACCUUAUGAUCACCUUGAAUGAGGCUGCCAGUGAAGUGGGCAUGGUGGGAGGCAUGGUUGAUUCCAUUGCAGAUGCCAUGAGCAGGUUGGAUGAGGGCACACCACCAGAACCCACAGGAACUUUUGUGGACUACCAGACCACUGGUGUUAAAUACUCCAAAGCUAUUGCAGUAACUGCACAAGAGAUGAUGACGAAAUCUGUCACAAACCCCGAAGAGCUUGGUGGUCUUGCAUCACAAGUAACAAGUGACUAUGGAAAUCUUGCCGUCCAAGGUCGCAUGGCAGCAGUUACAGCUGAGCCCAAAGAGAUUGGGUUUCAACUUAAAUCUAGGAUCCAGGAUUUGGGACAUGGAUGUAUAUUUUUGGUGCAGAAAGCUGGAGCCUUACAGAUUUGUCCAUCUGACGGUUAUACCAAGCGGGAAUUAAUUGAAUGUGCCCGGGCUGUGACAGAAAAGGUAUCGCUGGUUCUGACUGCUUUUCAAGCGGGUAACAAGGGAACGCAAGCCUGCAUUACUGCAGGUAGUGCAGUAUCUGGGAUCAUUGCAGAUCUGGAUACCACCAUCAUGUUUGCCACUGCUGGCACACUCAACUCUGAAAACAAGGAAAGCUUUGCUGACCACAGGGAAAACAUCCUUAAGACUGCCAAGGCUCUUGUAGAGGACACCAAGCUGCUGGUGUCCGGUGCCGCAUCUAGUCAGGACAAGCUGGCACAGGCUGCCCAGUCAUCAGCGAGCACUAUUACACAGCUGGCAGAGGUGGUGAAAUUGGGUGCAGCCAGUCUAGGGUCCGACGAUCCUGAAACCCAGCUCUAUAUCUAUCUUCAAAUAAGACGUCCAGGCUUGGAAACGAUAUUCCAAAUGAACACGGAAAACUGUCGGGUGGUGCUAAUCAAUGCAAUAAAAGAUGUUGCAAAAGCUCUAGGAGAUCUAAUAGGGGCCACAAAAGGUGCAGCAGGGAAGCCAGCAGAUGAUCCAUCCAUGUAUCAGUUGAAAAGUGCAGCUAAGGUCAUGGUGACAAAUGUGACGUCUCUGUUAAAGACUGUGAAAGCUGUAGAAGAUGAAGCCACACGUGGAACCAGAGCUUUAGAAGGAACAAUUGAGCACAUCAAGCAGGAACUGACUGUCUUCCAUUCCAAGGAUGUUCCUGAAAAGACAACUUCUGCAGAGGAAUCGAUCCGGAUGACCAAAGGAAUCACCACAGCAACAGCAAAAGCAGUGGCAGCUGGAAAUUCAUGCCGACAAGAAGAUGUCAUCGCUACUGCCAACCUGAGCCGAAAGGCUGUCUCAGAUAUGUUGACAGCCUGCAAGCAAGCAGUGUACCAUCCAGAUAUCAGCGAAGAUACAAGGCAACGAGCUCUGAAAUAUGGAACAGAAUGUACCCAGGGAUACCUGGAGAUGCUGGAGCACGUAUUGUCAAUUCUACAGAAACCCAGUCCUGAGGCGAAGCUUAAGUUGGCUGCCUAUUCAAAGCGCAUUGCGUCUGCUGUAACAGAACUGAUCCAGACCACAGAAACCAUGAAAGGCACAGAUUGGGUGGAUCCUGAAGAUCCCACAGUGAUCGCUGAGACGGAGCUCCUUGGUGCUGCAGCUUCUAUAGAGGCAGCAGCCAAAAAACUGGAACAACUUAAGCCACGAGCCAAGCCAAGACAGGCAGAUGAAACACUGGACUUCGAGGAACAGAUCUUGGAAGCAGCAAAGUCAAUUGCAGCCGCUACUAGCGCACUAGUGAAAUCUGCUUCAGCGGCUCAGAGAGAGCUGGUGGCCCAAGGCAAGGUUGGAGCAAUUGCCGCUAACGCAGCUGAUGAUGGUCAGUGGUCCCAGGGACUCAUUUCUGCUGCCAGGAUGGUGGCUGCGGCAACCAGCAACUUGUGUGAAUCGGCUAACGCCUCAGUGCAGGGCCACGCCAGUGAGGAGAAACUCAUCUCCUCUGCCAAGCAAGUAGCAGCAUCCACUGCCCAACUCCUGGUCGCCUGCAAGGUGAAAGCUGACCAAGACUCGGAAGCCGUGAGAAGACUCCAGGCUGCUGGCAAUGCUGUGAAACGAGCUUCCGAUAACCUGGUCAGAGCAGCUCAGAAGGCGGCAUUUAGCAAAGCUGACGAUGAUAAUGUUGUGGUGAAGACAAAGUUUGUAGGAGGAAUUGCACAGAUUAUAGCAGCUCAAGAGGAAAUGCUAAAGAAGGAGAGAGAACUGGAAGAGGCCCGGAAGAAGCUGGCUCAGAUCCGCCAACAACAAUAUAAAUUUCUACCAUCCGUCCUGAGAGAGGAGGAGAGCUAGUGAUUGCUGCAGACUCCAGACCUGGAAACAGUCCACUCUGCAGCAGACAGGGACAGAACCACAGUUGGAAACCACCCUCUAUGUCGCCCACUGGAAUCUAAAGCCACUAAACUAUAGGGGGGUGGAGUGUGGAUUGCCACUCCAAAGACAAAGCAGUAUUAUUUCCCAAGGUGGACAUACCCAAAUAUAUAAAUAAAGUAUAUAUAUAUGUAAAGAUAUAUACAGCCGCAGGGGACUAAGACUGUGACAUGAAGGACAGCCCCUCCUGCAAUAAUGUUUGUGCAUUUAAAGAUCUGUCCCCACUCCCUUUUCAUUCAACCACUAACCUACUGCAGGUGCCUGCAAUGCAGAGCAAAGCAUGAAAGGGGUUAAAUUACCUUUUUUUUUUGUAGUUUGUUUUACAGUUUGAUUUCAUCACUGGAAUAAUUAAUGUACCCUCAAAUGAUGUGCACAGAGCCUCUUGGGAAUUAAAGGCACUUGUAAUGAA